AUGCUGGCCCCAGAGAUCGCCAAUUUGGUCCAAAAAAAAGCUAAUCUGCUGCUUCUUGGUUGUGGGGAUGUUCGCCAUAUUCUCUUCACUAUACACACGGAACAGCAGGCUCGCGACCCGCGUUCUUUAGAUGCCACAUGUUGUGAUGUAGACACCGCUGUGAUUGCUCGCAAUAUCGUAUUGUUGUCGCUAGUGCUAGAUGAUGUUGAUGGCACCAACGAACAAUUGAUCUGGAAUUUAUUCUAUCAUUUUCGCAUCGAUGAAGGUUCCCUCGAUUUAUUGCAAACCCAUAUACCCAAGCUUUUGUCCCUGUCGACCUCGCUGCAAGCAUGGCAAGAGAGUCAGUAUGGCCGAGUAAUCAGGAUUUGCGAUCGUGUUUCCCUCGAACGGGUACGCGAUAUGUGGCGCUUCUAUGGAGAAAAGAGAGAAGGUGAUGUUCUUCGUCACUUUAAGAAGAAACUCGAUGAUGGAAUGAGAAUUUCUCAAGAGUAUCAAAAGUCUGUGCUCGGUGAGACGGUAAAUGUGAUAACCGGAAUCCGAGCUGCUGCGCCUGCGUGCUUGGAAACCACCCGUGAUCUCAGUGAUUUGUACAAGAACUACUGGGGUUUCGGUGACCGAGACUGA